GAUUGAGAAGCGCACAUGUUUUGAUUGUUUUUUUUUUUUGUGAUUCGGAACAUUGAACCCCGAUCUCCUCCAGAACUCGAAAAAUGGGCGGACACCACAAGAAGAACCUGCGGGCGGAGAAGGCCAAGGUGAAGCUGAAGGGCGCCAAGCUGCCCAAGGGCCUCAAUGUGACCAAGACGGACUUCAAGGUGCGCAAAAUCGAGAUUCGGGAGCAGCUAAAGGAGUCCUCCUACUCGGCAACUGGCCAGCGGCAGCUCAAUCUCAAGGAGACGCUCUCGCGGCUGAAACAUCACAGUGUCAAGUUCCGCACGGAUGCCCUGCGUAAUGUGCGGGAUUCGCUGAAGUCCGGGAAUGCGGACCAUCUAAUUGGACAUCUGAACGAGCUGUUCCAGGGCAUUGCAGCCGGAGCCUUGGACAUGGAGCGUUCGGCGCGGCUGGAAUCGUUCAAGACCCUCGAUAUCCUGCUCGAGGCCCUUCAGUCGCACGCAGUGGCGCCCUUUUUCCACGUCAUAGCCACCUAUUUGCGUUGUGCCAUGACCCACGUGCUGCCGGCCAUCCAGGAGGACUCGCUCCUCAUGCUGGACGUCCUGCUGCAGCGUGUGUCGCCGGCCCUUCUGGCGGAGCGCAGUGCCAGCACCAUCAUUGGCAACUUCAUCGACAUGAUCUCCCGCGCUCGCCACGACAGCGAGCGCUCGAAUCGCACCCUCACCUUGAACCUGGGCCAGGGCAAGCAGACGACCGUGAAGUGGCGCACCAAGGUGCUGCUCCGUCUGCAGCAGAUACUCGGCACGUUGGUCAGCUCCAAGGGCUCCAAGACGGCCGUUGCCCGUGUGGUUCACUUCGAUUCGAUGUGUCCGCAGUACUACAAUGUGCUGUGUCAGGUGCCCCAGGACAACAGGGACCUGUAUUCCAUCCUCAACGAAUCCAAGCUCACUGCCGAGGGCACACGACUGCAAACGUACGUGGAGCAACUGCUUCCGCUCCUGCAGGACAACUGGCUGGAGGUGCGUCCGCAGCCGCAACAGCCGCUGCUCAGUCAGGAUGCGGCGGCCAGUCUGCAUGUGGUCAUCAGCCUGAUGACCCUGCUCUGGACCCUUAUCGCACAGCAUGAAACGGAGAAUAACACCAGUGAACUUAGCGACUGGCUGAGAAAGAACUAUGCGCAAAAGUUCCUGCUCAACUUUUUGGCCAAGGACGGCAGUCGUUUUCCCUACCAACAGAUUCCGUUGGGGGCGACGGCCAAGAAGUCAUCGAAAGACAAGGGACCCGCGGAUGGCGGGGAACAUUGCUUGCCGCAAAACCUAGGCCUUGUCCAGCUAACCUGCAAGUUCCUUCCGAAUCCCAACGAGAAGCAGGCCCAGCUGUUUGGCCAUUUGGUUGCCUACAUGCAGAAGAGUUUGGAUCGCCUCAGUUCACUGUCGCCGGAGCAGCAGCUCUCUGUGGUGGCUUCCCUGCGUCCGUUGCUUCUUGAACAUGCCACAUCGCUGCAGAACAUCGUGGCAGAACCUCUGACCAGCUUGCUGAGUGCCACCAUCGAGGCUUAUGUGGGCCAGCGGUUCACCACCCGCGAGGGCGUGGCCACGCGAGUGCUGAAUCUCCUCUGCGAGAUUGUGGAGCGUUCGGCUUUGUAUGCCCGCUUUGGCGGAGAGCAGAGAUUCGCCCCGUUCCUUGGCUAUCUGCCGCAGUUGCUGCUGAAACCAACAGUGGGUGAGGGCACUCUGCGAGCCAUGGCCACGCUCUGUCGCCAACUGAAUGGAGUCUUUAUGUCCGCCCUCAUCCAAGCCGCUCCCGAGGUGGUCAGCCACUUGGUUAAGCUGCAGGUCACGAGCGAUUCCGAUGGCGAGGACAAAUUCGAGAACCAGAAACGCGUUCUCAACCUGUUCUACUACGCCAGAGAGUCGGAUAAAGAGGGAAAACUGGAGCGGGCACUUAAGCAGCUGGAGGAGAAGGCAGAGCACGAGCGGAUUGCCGGUUACCUGAAGGCAGUGCUGGGCUACAACUAGUGCUCCCCAUCCAGUACAAUACACACCUACUUUGUAUAGCAUCUAUAAUUAGUUUAAUGUUUACAUUAUAAUCCUCUUGCUUAGGACGAA